AUGGCCGGCAAGAAGGGGGAGCCCAAAGGGAAGGCGGGCAAAGGGAAAGGGAAGGAUGGCAAGAAGGGCAAGAAGGAGGAUCCCAACGAGUCGGAGGAUGCCUCGGAUGCGGAGCUGCUGAAGGCAGAGGAGAGCGAGGAGACGGAAGUGGGGAAGGAGAAGAAGGGGUUGCCCAAGGCAGGAGUGGCAAAGAAACUGGGCCGUGGGAAGAAGGCGCAGCAAGAGACGGAGGAAGAGGAGGGUGAGAGCAAUGCUGCAGCAGCCAAGAAGAACACGAAGGGCACCUCCAAGCUGAUGAUGGGGCUGGCAACCGACAAGAAGAAGAAAGGGGCCAAGGGUGCAGAGGCCAAGGGCCAGCCCAAAGAUUCUGUGGAAGCCAGCCCAGCCGAGGAGGAGGCAGCAGCACCUCCGAAGGCCCGGGCAAAGCGGAGCCUCCGCAGCACCUCCAAGCUCUUCCUGGGCUUCAAGAACCUGGGCCUGCGUCGGCCCAAGAAGGGGCAGUUCAAGAACACAUCCCGCUUCUUCUGGGGCCUGCAUAAGCACAGCACCAAGAAGAGGAAGAAAAAGAAGAACAAGGCAGUGCUGAAGUCCACCUCCAACCUGAUGAUGCGCUUCAAGCAGGUGGGCAAGAAAAGGAAGGAGGAGGCCAAGGAGGAGGCCAAGAAGGAGUCACCAUCGAGGCCAUCCUUCCUGCUGCUGCGGCAGGGCGGGCAGGACCCCGAGGACGGCGCGUUGCUCUUCCGCCGGCGCCCGGAAAGGAAAUUCAAGCCCCGGGCGCAGGUGCUGAGCAAGGCGGCCGCAGCCACGGGCUGGCUGGCCAGGAAGGUGCUCUCCCGGCGCGGGCGGCUGGUGGGGGGCAGCCGGGCGACUGACACGGCCUGGCUGUCCCGUAUCGGUGCCAAGAAGCUGCCGUUCCCCGCGGAAGACGAGAUCCUCAGGCACCGGGCCAACAUGAAGCGGAUCCCUGGCGGUGUCGGGCUGCCGGCGCCCGGCACUUCGCGGCAGGGCAGCAUGGCGAGGCGGCCGUCCCGGCGGCGCUCCCAGCGCGCGGCCGCGGAGCCGCCGGUGCCGCGCUACGGCUGGGCCGAGGAGGAGAACGGAGCCUACGGCCGCCGGCGAGGCUACGGCAAGGAGGAUGGAGCCUACAGUUCCCGCCGUGGUUAUGCCAGGAAGGAGGAUGGAGCCUAUGGGCCCUGGCGCAGUCACCCCAAGGAGGAAGAUGGAGGCUACGGCCCCCAGCAUGGCUACGCCGAGGAGGAUGGAGCCUACGGCCCCUGGCAUGGCUACAGCAGGGAGGAGGAUGGAGCCUACAGCCCCCGGCACAACUACUCCGAGGAGGAGGACGGCUACAUGCAGAGCCCAGCCUACCCAGCAGGGUACGGCUUUGAGGAUGCGGUGACCCCCUACUCUGACUACCCUGGCUAUGAGACAGAGGAGGAGUAUGACUACUACGGGGGGUUUUGGGAGGAUGGUGACCAGCCAGGGCACCCCUACGGCGACUCGGAGCUCGAGGACGAGGGACAGUUUGGUGGUGGCUCUCCCCUCAGCCUCUAUGACCCGUACAGCAGCGACCCAGAGUAUGGUGAGGAGGCAGCGGGGCCCUUUGGCUACAGGGGGGACCCCUACGAGGACUUUGGGGAGCCCUUUGCCAGGGGGUACCCUGGGGGCGAGUACCCCGAGCAUCGCAUCCAGUACAGCGAGGGGGGGUGGGCGCCCCACGCCCAAUCCUCCUGCAACCCCUACGCCCUGGGCCUGGAGGAGAUAGCUGAGGGCGAGGAGCCCGAGGAGUGGGAAGAAGAGGAGGAAGAAGAGAAGGAGUAUCCAUUUUCCAUCCUGAGCGGCUCCUCGCUCCGGGGCAUGCGGGAGACGCUCUCCUCCAAGCUCUCGCUCAACAGGAAAUUCAGGCUCUUCCCCCGACCCCAGGUCAAGCUUUUCGGCAGGGACCGCCUGGACGUCCCCCUCCCGCCGUCCCCCCACCUUCCCGCCGCCCGUGACGAGGACGACUACGACGAGUACGAGCCGCCGCCGCCUCCGGCAGCCCCCAGCCCCGCGGCAUCCCCGGGACGCCCGGUUUCGGCAGCGCGGGCGUGCGGGAGCCCUCUGGGGCAGUUCCUCCAGCGAUCCCUCUCGAUUCCUGCCAGCCGUCCGCCGCGAGGUGCCGGGGGAUUUCGGGGCUCCCGCACCCCCCAGCCCUCCUACAGGCUCUCCAGCCGCAGGCUGGCGGGCAUGGAGAGCGCCGCUUUGGGGGACCGGGACUCCUCCCCGCCGGCGGGGCCCUGGGGGCAGCCCCCUCCCCGGGAGCCGGGGGCUGCGCGCCGGCCGUCGCUCCGUAACCCCUUCGCCAACGCCGGGCGCUCCUCGUCGCCGCCGCCCGUCCGCCCGCGCCCCGGCAGCACGCGGGCCGAGGGGCCGCGGCGAUCCCCCUCCCUCGGUGCCAGCCUCCGGCGCUUCGGCCCCGAGUCCCCCACCCCGCCUCCGCCCGCUCCCCGCUCCCCGGGGCCGGGGGGGAGGCGGCUGGGGGGGCCCGCGGCGGGGAGACCCCUGGCAUCGCGCCGGAGCAGCCCCCCCGGGCUGCCGCUCCCCCAGGCCUGGCCCCGGCUUCCCGAGCCCCCCACCAAGGCGGUGAAGCCGCUGCAGAGGACUCCCUUCCGAGCACCGCCGUCCCGCCCCGGCAGCCGCCGCCUCGGCGCCCCCGGCCCCUCCUGGGAUGAGGAGCUGCCCCCCUGGCAGGGCGCCCCGCGGGGUCCCGCCGGCGUGCCCCCUCCGCCCAGCCCCGCUCCCAGCACCCCCAAAAGUUUCAUCCAGCGCAUCGGGCAGCCCCUUGCCGGGAUGGCCCCCCACUCCCCACCCCCGAGGCCAUCUGCUGAAGUGGGGGGCCGCAGCCUCUCCAAGGGGCGCUCCAUGGCGCAGUCCCUGGCUUCUCUGCUCGUAAGGAGCAUAGCCCCCACCAAAACCCCCUCAUCCUCACCCCCCAGCCGCCUUCCCUCCACUCGCUCGCCCUCCUUGCCCCGGCGCCCAUCCCGGCGGGACGGGAGCACCCGCCGGUCCCCGAGCCCACCCUCGGGGCGCCGGGGCUGGGCCGACGGCGGGCGCCCCAUCCUCCCCUCCAACGCCCGUGGCAACCGGAGCCCCUCACCGCCCCGUCGUGCCGCUUUCCCACCACCCCACGGGCGAGCCCCCGGCUCUCCGGCCGUCUCCCGGCACGGCUCUCGUCCCCCGGGGCCGGCGGAGCCGAUGGAGGGCGGCGGGGCGGCCGCGGAGGAGGGCGCGGGGCGCUACGCGGUGGUGACGCCGCAGGUGCAGAGGUUGGGCUCCUUCCGCCGCGCAUCCCGCAUGUACAAGCAGCACUGGUCCACGCAGCACGUCGUGAGGGUGCGGGAGAUGCCCGACGCCUGGACAGCCGAGCAGGGCCUCCCCCAGCAGCCCACCCAGCGCGGCCGGCGGUGGGCGGGCCAGUGGGGAGCCGACAUCGCCCGAUACCUGUGCCAGCGCCCGCCGGCGGGCGGCUGGCGGGACAGGCACCCCUGGGCGGACGGGUACCUGGGCAGCAAGCAGCCCUGGCGCAGCAAGAUGCAGUCGCUGUGCAGCCUGCCCAUCGUGCGGUACCAGGAGCCACAGGAGGAGGACGGGCUGGAGGACAUGACCCAGCUGGAGGACCUCCAGGAGGCUGCAGUGCUCAGCAACAUCCGGACACGGUUCGAGCGCCAGCUCAUCUACACCUACAUCGGCAGCAUCCUGGUGUCGGUGAACCCGUACCGGCUCUACAACAUCUACGGCAAGGAGCAGGUGCUGCAGUAUGAGGGCAGAGCCCUGGGUGAAAACCCACCGCAUCUCUUUGCCAUCGCGAACGUCGCCUACUCCAAAGUGAUGGAUGCCAAACACAACCAGUGUAUCGUCAUCAGUGGGGAGAGCGGCUCAGGGAAGACCGAAGCCACCAAGCUGAUCCUGAGCUACCUGGCAGCUGUCAGCCAGAAACGCAGCACUGCCCCACAGAUAGAGAUCCUGGAGGCGACUCCUUUGCUGGAAUCCUUCGGCAACGCCAAAACCGUGAGGAAUGACAAUUCCAGCAGGUUUGGGAAAUUUGUGGAAAUCUUCCUGGAGGACGGCUUGAUCUGCGGUGCCAUAACCUCGCAGUACCUGCUGGAGAAGUCCCGCGUGGUCUUCCAGGCCAAGAGCGAGCGCAACUACCACAUCUUCUACGAGAUGCUGGCAGGGCUGCCAUCCCAGCAGCGGCAGAGGUACUGCCUGCAGGGCGCCGAGACCUACUACUACCUGAACCAGGGUGGGAACUGCGAGAUUCCCGGCAAGGACGACGCCGAGGAUUUCCGCCGGCUGCUCAACACCAUGGAGGUGCUGAACUUCAGCGUGGACGAGCAGAACAGCAUCUUCCGCAUCCUCUCCUCCGUCCUCCACCUGGGCAACGUCUACUUUGAGAAAUACGAGACCGACUGCCAGGAGGUCGCCACGGUGGUGAGCGCCACGGAGAUCCGGACGGUGGCUGAGCUGCUGCAGGUGUCCCCCGAGGGCCUGCAGAAAGCCAUCACCUUCAAGGUGACGGAAACGCAGCGGGAGAAGAUUUUUACCCCUCUGACUGUUGAAAGCGCCGUGGAUGCCAGGGAUGCCAUUGCCAAGACCCUCUACUCCCUGCUCUUCAGCUGGCUCACGGACCGCAUCAACAAGCUGGUGUACCCGCGGCAGGAGGCCCUUUCCAUCGCCAUCCUGGACAUCUACGGCUUUGAGGACCUCAACUUCAACAGCUUUGAGCAGCUGUGCAUCAACUACGCCAACGAGUAUCUGCAGUUCUUCUUCAACAGGAUUGUGUUCCAGGAGGAGCAGGAGGAGUACAUCCGGGAGCAGAUCGAGUGGAAGGAGAUCCCCUUCAGUGACAACCAGCCCUGCAUUGACCUCAUCUCCCAAAAACCCUACGGCAUCCUCCGGAUCCUGGAUGACCAGAGCUGCUUCCCCCAGGCCACAGACCACACGUUCCUCCAGAAGUGUCACUACCACCACGGGACAAACCCGCUCUACACGAAGCCGAAGAUGCCACUGCCCGAGUUCACCAUCAAGCACUAUGCAGGGAAAGUGACCUACCAGGUUCACAAGUUUUUGGAUAAAAACUAUGACCAGGUCCGUCAGGAUGUGCUGGACCUGUUCAUCAGCAGCAGGACCAAGGUGGUGGCCAACCUCUUCUUCGGCCACGCCCAGGUGAUGGCCCGGCAGAGGAGCCUCAUCAGGAGGAGCAGCACCAGGACACGGCGGUACAAGGCUCCUACCGUGGCCGCACGCUUCCAGCAGUCGCUCCUGGAGCUAGUGGAGAGGAUGGAGAGGUGCAACCCCUUCUUUGUGCGCUGCAUCAAGCCAAACAACAAGAAGGAGCCGGGGCUCUUUGAGGCUGACGUGGUCAAGACCCAGCUGCGGUACUCGGGGAUCCUGGAGACCAUCCGCAUCCGCAAGGAGGGCUACCCUAUCCGCAUCCCCUUCCUCGUCUUCAUCGACAGGUAUCGCUGCCUCGUUGAUAUGUGGUCCAAUGUCAUUCCCAAUGGAGCCAACUGUGUGGAGAUGCUGAGGAGCCUCUGCCCCGUUAACCCCAGCAUGUACUACGUCGGUGUCACCAAGCUCUUCCUGAAGGAGCAGCUGUACCAGGCGCUGGAGAGCAAGAGAUGCCGAGCCCAUCACCUGGCCGCGCUCACGCUCCAGCGCUACGCUCGCACCUUCUUCAUCAAGCGGCGCUUCCGCUCCCUCCGCCGCAAGAUCAUCCUCCUGCAGAGCCGGGCGCGGGGAUACCUAGCCAGGCAGCGGUACCGGCGCAUGCGGCACACGCUCAUCAAGUUCAGGUCGCUGGUGCACAUCUACGUGAACCGCCGGAGGUACCUCAAGAGGAAGGAGGAUGCUCGCCGGCGCGCCGAGGAGGAGAAGGAGAGGAUGAAGCAGGAGCUGACGCGGAGGGAGGUGGUGGAUGUCACCCACCUGGAGAUCCCGGCCGAGCUGAUGGGGCUGCUGGAGGCCGCUGCAGCCGCUCGGGAGGUGAACGCCGGCUGCGUGGUGCUGGUGCCGCCGCCGGCGCUGCAGCCCGACCCCCAGCUCACCCUCCCGCUCGACAUCAACGACUACCCCAUGGCCAAGUACGUGCGGGGCCACUUCCAGGAACCUGCAUUUGGGAUGCUGACAGCCCCACUGAAAGCCCCCCUCACCCGGCUGGAUGAGGAGCUGUGCCACGAGGCUCUCAGCCUCUUCCAGCUGAUCCUGCGGUUCAUGGGGGACCCGGGGCUGGGUGGCAAGCAGGAGACCCUCUUUGGCAACUACAUCGUGCAGAAGGGGCUGUCGGUGCCGGGGCUGCGGGACGAGCUCCUGGCACAAGCUGCCAACCAGGUGUGGAGGAACACCAACGUCAACAACGAGGAGCGGGGCUGGCUGCUGCUGGCCGCCUGCCUCAGCGCCUUCCCCCCGUCCGCCGCCUUCGACAAGUACCUGCUCAAGUUCGUGUCUGACUACGCCUUCGCCGGCUACAAGCCGGUGUGCCAGCGCAAGCUGAUGCACGCCAUGGCCCGCUCCCAGCUGGGCACCGCGGCCGCCCGCACCUUCCCCCCCUCGCUGCUGGAGUGGACGGCGAACCGGCGGCAGGCCAGCAUGGCCCUGGACCUGCACUGCUUCAACGGUGACCAAUUCUCCUGCCCCAUCCACUCCUGGAGCACAGGCGAGGACCUGGCAGGGGAUGUCCUGAAGCUCAGAGGGCUGGCGGAGGGCUGGCGUGGCUGGUCCGUGGCUAUGAAGGCGGGUGCCCACUGGGCUGAGCUGGCUGGACACGACUAUGUCCUGGACCUUGUCUCCGACCUCGAGCUGCUGCGGGGCUUCCCCAGACAGAAAUCCUGCUUCCUCAUCGCGUGGGAUGGCACCGAGAGCCACAGCAGGGACAGCCGGCCGGUGCUGGGACAUGGAUUUGAUUUGGAUGAAGUGCCUCCUCCCCCAGCUGUGAAAGCCCCCACACUGCCCUCCAUGGAGGCGUAUCACCCCCAUGAUGGGGAAUUUGGGGAGCCACGCAGCCAGAAGGGUCUGGACCGGUACCUGGACAGUCUCUUUGACCCCGUGCUCUCCUACGGCAAUGGGGAGCUGGAGAAGCCAUCCAUCCUCUCGCAGAGGCUGAAGGGAGGAGGUGGCGUGGGAGGGGGCAGCAGUGGCACUGAUGCCACCCGGAGCGACCCUCCCGUGGCUGCGGACACGCGUCAGCCGAGGGCAGCCGUGGGCCGGCGGUGGCCGGGAGAGCCGGUGCGGCAUUCCCGGCUCAACUCGGAGCACUUCCCGCGGCCCACGCACGACAUCCGCAACAUCAUCCGGCAGUGCCAGCCAGCCCCGCGUGGCUCCCAGCCCCACAGCAAGCUCUUUGGGAAGAAGCUGGACCCCCAUGAGGAAGCCAUGCAGAUCCUGAAGGAGCAGCUCUCAGCAGCCCGGGUGCCAUCAGCUGGGGGGGGGCCCAAGGAGGUGGUGGCUGCGGUGAAGCCAGUGCCAAGUGCCAGGUACCAGCUGCGAGCACCCACAGGCCGUCCUGCAGCCACACAGCCCCCAGUCUUUGUCUCACGGGAGCUCCCAUCCGAGGCGCAGCAGGUCCAGACCCAGCUGCACCGCAGCUGCAGCGAGGACUUCUACACCUACCACAACGUGCCCUGGAAAAUAUUCAUCCGGAAGGAGGUUUUCUACCCCAAGGACAGCAUCAACAAUCCACUGCUGCUCGACCUCAUCUUCCGGCAGAUCUUCAAUGAUGUGCUGUCCGACACCUGCAUCCGGCUCAGCCACGAGGAGCGGCUCCGCCUGAAAUCCCUCUUUGCGGAAAACAAGCUGGACUCCUUCAGCCCCGUGGCCACCGAGAACGUCAAGAGGGAGAUCAUUGCUGCAGCCCGGGAUGGCUGCGAGGUCUACUUCUCCCGCCUCUUCCCUGCCACGGGCAGCGUGGGGACGGGUGUGCAGAUCCUGGCUGUGUCCCACGCUGGCAUCAAGCUGCUGCGGGUGGUGAAGGGCACCAAUGUCCCCGGGGAGCAGCUGCGGGUGCUGCGGGCCUACAGCUACCCCGACGUGCUCUUCGUGACCACCCCGUCCAGGAACAUGCUGGAGUUCAACCUGCGCGGCGAGAAGCUCAUCCUCUUCUCCCCCAAAGCCCCCCAGGUCAAGGUCAUGGUCGACCACUUCAUCACGGAGCUCAGGAAGGACUCCCAGUAUGUGGUGGCCGUGAGGAACUACAGCCCCGAGGACGGGAGCCAGCUCAGCUUCCACAAAGGGGACAUCAUCCACCUGCAGUCACUGGAGCACCCUGAGAGAGACCACUACUAUGGCUGCGUGGUCCGCAAGAAGGUGAUGUACCUGGAGGAGCUGAAGGCAGGCACCCAGGAUUUUGGGUGGAAGUUUGGGGCCAUCCAUGGCAGGUCAGGGCUCUUCCCUGCCGAGUACGUUCAGCCCGUGGCAGCACCCGACUUUGUCCAUCUGCCUGCGGAGAGGAAGGAGGAGCCCCGGGACAAGCAGGGCAAAGUGGCGGCUUCGGCGGCCGUGGCCGUGGCCGUGGCCUCCACAGCUGCCGCCCAGGAGCUGGACCGCAAAACCGAGGUGUCCCCAGCCAGUGCCACCUUUGUGGAGGGUCCCGAGGGAGAUGGUAUCGAGCAGCUCAGGGACGUCACCGGGGCCUGUCCCAUGCUGGCCUUUGCCCAGCGGCAUUUCCGUGCGGCACGACGUGGGACCACGGACUCUCGUGGGAUGAAGGUGCCAAGUGUGCUGGAGAUGCUGACGUUCACCAAGAUUCCUAUUCAGGAGUCGCUCAUUGAAUUUGUGGAUGGUGGCCUCAACAAACUGGCUGCUGAGGCUUUCCAAGCCGUGAUGAAGUUCAUGGGUGACCACCCCCUGCGGGGCCACACAGACCUGGACGUCGUCUGCACCAUCCUCAAGCUGUGUGCGGAGCACGAGGUCCUGCGGGAUGAGGUGUACUGCCAGAUCAUCAAGCAGAUCACCAACAACACCAGCUCCAAGCCGGACAGCUGCCAGAGGGGCUGGAGGCUGCUCUACAUCCUCGCUGCCUACUACAAGUGCUCUGAGGUGCUCCGGCCCUUCCUCCUGGCCUUCCUGCAGGACGCCAGCAGGCACCCGGAGCUGCCUUUCCACGGCAUCGCCAAAGCCUGCGAGCAGAACCUGAGGAAAACCCAGCAGUUCGGCGGCCGCAGCCUCUUCCCCAGCAGCAUGGAGCUCAAAGCCAUGGUGGCUGGACGCAGCGCCAAGCGUCAGCUCUUUCUCCUGCCCGGUGGCAUCGAGAGGCACCUCAAGAUCAAGACGUGCUCGGUGGCUCUGGAUGUGAUCGAGGAGCUGUGCUGUGAGAUGGGGCUGCAGAACCCAGAGGCUCUGGAGGAAUACAUCCUCUUCGUGGUGACCGACAGAGGGCAGAGCGUGCGGCCGCUGACCCGCCGGGAAUACGUGCUGGACGUGGCUGCCGAGACGGAGCUCCGGGACAGCAGCUACACCUUCUGGUGCCGCCGCGUGCUCUGGAGCCAGCCCCUCAAGUUCGACAACGAGCUCUACGUCACCGUCCACUACAACCAGGUGCUCCCUGACUACCUCAAGGGGCUGUUCACCGUCCUGCCGCCGGCGAGGCCGGGAGAGCAGCACUUCCCGCACGUGGCCAAGCUGGCCGCGCUCCAGCACCGAGCCAAGGACCGCCACCACCUCCCCACGGCGCGGGAGAUGCAGGACUACGUCCCCCCGCAGCUCUUCCGCCUGCUGAAGCCCCAGUCCUGGCUGCAGAUGGUGACCCAGCACGUGCAGCAAGCCCAGGCACUCAGCGCCCACCAGGCCAGGGCACAGUUCCUGGGGCUGCUGAGCGCCUACCCCAUGUUUGGUUCAUCCUUCUUCUACAUCCAGAGCUGCAGCAACAACGCCAUCGUUUCGCCCUGUAUCCUGGCCGUCAACCAGAACGGCCUCAACUUCCUCAGCAAGGAGACCCACGAACUCAUCGCCAAGUUCUCGCUGAAUGAGAUCCAGUCCACGCGGACGCAGCGCCCGGCGGCCGGAUCCAGCUCUCCCUACGUGGAGAUCACACUGGGAGACCUCCUGGCCCAGGGCAUCACCCAGCUGCAGCUGGAGCAGGGCCUGGAGCUGUGCCGCGUGGUGGCUGCGCACAUGGAGAGGCUGCUGGGUGCCCGGGAGAAGAGGCUGACUCUGCCACCCAGCGAGAUCACCCUGCUCUGAGCCCGCCAUGGCCCGGCCCCCCGGCAAGGGGGACAGAGGGCGCAGUGACCAUGGGGUGUCCCCAGCUUGGCCAGUGGCUGCUGUCCCCCUGUCACCAACCCGCUGUUGUUCUGGGGUUUUAUACACGCCCAGGAGCCCGGCA